AUGGUCAGCGAGCAUGCCGUGAAUCAUAGUCCCCUCAUACACGAAGUGAAUUCACGAACAAGCCGCUGCAUUCCCGAGCCAGAAGAAAUGCUGGAUCACAACGUCAUUACUCCGGGUAUCUGGAAUGCGCCCGCGUGGGUAGUCGUUAAGGCGAACGCGUACGCGCGUACGGCGGGCAAGACGCCGUUCGCAAUAUACCAGGGCGGGUGGAGCGUCCUCCAGCGCGACCUUGAGCGCGAGAUUAUACCUAUGGCGCGUUCAGAAGGUGCACCUUAUUACUAG